AAAGCCCAAAUGAUAUUUUAGAUUGAAUUUUGGCCCAAACGGGCGACGAAGAUCGAGAGAACCCACCUUGGUCUCCAGAAACCCCGUCGAAGGUGUCGCCGCCGAUGGGAGGGCCGCUGUCGCAGCUCCUCCUCCUCAUCUACGUGAUCUUUUCUUCGUUGCUGCUCUCGUCUUCUUCGGAGUCUGUCGCCGGUACCGGAGGCGACGCGAGCAGCAGCAGGAGCUCCGGUGCGAGAUUGGAAUGGCAGAUCCUUACCAAGAGAAAUUUCUCCUCGCAGAUCCGUCUCCAUCCCCAGAUCCUCCUCAUGGUUACCGUCCCUUGGUCUGGGGAGUCACGAUCUCUAAUGAAGGAAGUGGCACAUUUGGUGGCUAAUAAUCAGGACAAACUUGACUUUCUAAAAUUAAUGGUCAUAUAUAGGAGUUCUGAGAAGAUGCUAGCUGAUAUCCUUGGUGCUACUGAGGAAAUAACAUUAUUCUACUAUCAUAAUUCCAUGUCAUAUAAAUAUCAUGGAAGACUGCGUGCAGAAAAUAUACUUUCUUCAGUCAAUCGUUUUCAAUCACUUGAACCUGAGGAACUUCCUUUGAAGCUGCUGCAAACUCCAGAAGACGUGGAGAACUUUUUCCUAUCAACAGAUAAAGCUGUUCUACUCCUUGAGUUCUGUGGAUGGUCAGCUAAAUUGUUGCGCAGAAAGAAUAAUGGAAAUUAUGAGACUCCUAUGUCUGCAUUUAAUCAUUCAGAGAAUGUUGGCAUAAUUGGACAAAGCAUCAACAGAGAAAUGGUGGAUGACUUUCAUGUUGAACACCACAAGGGAAUGGAAAAUAGACUUACAUGUGCAGUUGAAGAUGGACUAGGAAGAUCAGUUUGGCUUAAGGAAUAUACUUUAGCAAAUCAAAGUACUCUAGAGCAAUUAGAUGAUGGAGGUGCUGGUACUAGAAUGCUGUGUACAGAUGAAGAGUUUAAGCAAUUUGAAACUUUUUUUAUGAAGUUCACUGCUAUUGCAAGAGAGUUUUUUCUACCUCCUGAGAGACAAAGGUUUGGUUUGAUAUCUGAUGGAGCUUUGUUAUCUUUCCUUGGUAUUAGCAGUCCAGAUAAAUGGUUAGUUAUGCUUCAUUUCUCUGGAUGUUCUAAUUGUACAAUGAUAGUCCAACAAGGAGAUGAUCUGAGGAACAUUUUGCAAACACAUCACUCUCUGAUCAUGGAGUUUGAUGUUGAUGGACGCAAUCUUGAACCUGCAUUUCCAGCAAAUAGACCUUCAAUCAUUCUAUUUAUUGAUAGAUCCUCAAAUUCUUCGAAAGUUAGGGAAGGGAGCAAGUUAUCUCUUGAGGUUCUUAGAAAAUUCUCAUUGCAGAAUCAGCUUUGCUAUCAAACAGUUAGAGGACGAGACAGCAGAGUCAUGAGUAGUUCCAGAAGUUUAUCAGGGUCCUCUAGUCAUCAAUCAGGAAAAGUUUCUCAGACCCCCAAGGUUGUGAAAAUUAAGGAUAAUAUGGCUUUCAUGAUAGUUAAUGAAGGUGAACAUAUUUCAUUGAAAAACACUGCACUUGAAAGUCAAGGCAACCCUGUCUAUGAUAUCCUGACACGAUUACUUCAGCGAGAAAGUCCGGCACUGAAGAAUAAAGAAACCAAAAUAAGUGAAGUAGCAAAGAAAGCUGGCUUUGAGCUCUUGUCUGAUGAUUUUGAAGUUCAGAUAAUAGAGUCGUUCCAAUCACAUAAUGACGAUAAUCAGUUCAGAGAAAUGGGUAGGAGUACCACUACCAUGUUAAAUGAUCCCAAUGAACUUACUGAAAGCCAGGAUGAUGUGAGUAGUGGUGGGUUAUUAUAUACUACUGAAAAUAUUAUGACCGAUGAAAGAAAGCAAUCUGAGCAUCCAGAUGAUGUUGCCAAUUUUCUUGAAACUCGUGAAGCAGCUCCUUAUGAUAAUGACAAUGCAUUCUCAUGUCACGUUGAAAGAUCUUGUUGUGUGGAACAAGAGUUACCUACUCCAGAGGAACACGUUCAGGAAGAGCAAGCUGAUAAAAUUGAUUCUACAUCAAGCAUCAGACAAGUUAAGUCAGAUUUUGGACACAGUUCAUCAGUUCUUUCAGCAGGGGAUGAUAUGGGAAGCAUUAGGAUAUCCAACAGAUUAAGAAAGGCAGAUGAACCAUGUUAUCAGCACCAACCUUUCUUAGGCUCUUUUUUCUUCAUCGAUGGUGGCUACCGGUUGCUGAGAACAUUGACUGCAGAAUCUAGGAUCCCAUCUCUAGUAAUUCUUGACCCGGUUAUGCAACAGCACUUCGUAUUUUCCGAGGCAACGGAUAUUAAUUACCCUUCUGUAGUUAGUUUUGUAGACAGAUUUUUAAAUGGAAGUCUUACACCAUAUCAACAUUCAGUAUUAUCUCUUAAAACUUCUAGAGAUAUGCCAAAGCCACCACUUGUGAAUUUGGAUUUCCAUGAAAUUGAUUCUAUACCUCAAGUUACAAGUAGCACAUUUUGUGAACUGGUUAUAGGUUUUAUACCUUGUGAAAUGAAUGAUAAAUUGCCAUUUUCUAACUCUCGAGAACUUAAAUCUGCUUGGAAGAUCGAUGUUUUGGUGCUUUUUAGCACUCCUUGGUGUGGAUUCUGCCAGCGUAUGGAGCUGAUUGUGCGUGAAGUACAUCGAGCUUUUAAGAACUCUAUAAAUUUCUCAAUAAGUCAAUCCAAGAAUGAUGAUCCUACACAAAUCAAAGGUCAGCCAACUCUGGUUGCUCAUUUUGGAUUUCAUCUUUUGGAUUUCAUUCUUAUUUUCAAAGAUAAGAAAGAAGAUCUGGUGCUGAAUAAGUUUCCAGCAAUAUUUUUAAUGGAUUGUACCCUUAAUGAUUGUGGUUUAUUCUUAAAGCCACUUGGCAAGAAGGAAAAUUAUCCAAUACUGUUGUUAUUUCGUGCUGAGAACAAAAGUGCAAUUACCUAUGAAGGCAAUAUGUCAGUUGUUAGUAUCAUGGAAUUUCUAGAAUCUUAUGGAGGCAAUUCUCAUAAUCAUAAUUAUAAAGGCCUUCUGUGGACCCAUUCAAGGAAGGGAAACAAGGAUGAACAGGUGUUAUAUGCAUCCACUUUGGCUGCUGAUGAGAAACCUCAUUCACCAGCAGACAAAUACAACAAAAUUGUGCUGAAUAAAGCUAUUUCUGCAGACAGCGAACAUCCCCUUAAUACAUGUACACCAGUCACCUCUCAUGAUAAACACAUACAUGUAGUUGUGGGAUCCAUUCUUGCUGCCACUGAUAAACUCUUCAAUGCUGCUCCAUUUGACAACUCUACAGUGCUGAUAGUGACCAUGGACAAGAACCAGGGUUUCCAAGGUUUGAUCAUUAACAAACGGAUAAGCUGGGAUAUUUUUAAGGAACUAGACAGUGAUCUGGUUUCACUAAAGCAUGCUCCUCUCUACUAUGGAGGUCCUGUCAGGUUUCAGACUUUACCUCUUGUCAGUUUGAUUUGGAAAGCUAAAGAGGGUUAUACAGAGAUCGUGAAAGGUGUUUAUUUUGGAAAUCCAGUCAUAACACGUCAGGUGAUUGAAGAAAUUAAAUUGAAAGAAGAAUCUCCUGAUGAUUAUUGGUUCUUCUUGGGUUUCUCAAGUUGGGGAUAUGACCAGCUUUUCCAAGAGAUUACAGAAGGAGCAUGGCGGCUGACUGGAGAUCCUAUUGAACAUUUAGAUUGGCCAGAGAACUAACAGAUUCUCCAUCUGCCUAGAUCUUUUGACAUAGAUAUUGGAUCAAUGAUGCAUUUGGUGGAUGCUUCGUGAGGUAGGCAGUAUGAUGCAGUUUUGACAGCUCUGGUCACAGAAGUCGGAACUCAAAUGAACGGCCUGAAUGAGAAUUUGUAAUUGUACAAUUUUGGAUGUUGUAAGCGGAACAAACCGUUUCUUCUAGGUUUGACCUGUGAAAUUUCUCAGCAUACAAUUUUCAUAAGUAAAAAAGUAGAUCAUAGCUUUCUUUGCUCAGAAAA